AUAUCUGUGGAGUGUGGAUUAUUAUGGAUUUGAGAAGAUAUCAUAUAAAUUAAUAAUAAUAAUAACACCUAUUUCGGAUGUUAAUAACAAUACUAAGUACUAACUACACAAACCAGUAGAACAUCAGGAUCAGCUGUUGCAGGUUUGUGAAAACUGGAAAUUCACCAAUGUGAAUAGUGAAAAAAAUUUAGUGAAUUCUGGUGUAUUGCGGUCCUCGGAUUUCAGUAGCAGUUCCACUUGGGUCAUCAUAUGUUAAAUAAACCAUUUAUUUAGUCAUGAGUCAUCAAUCAUCAAUCGUCACUCAUCCGGCCAUCGACUGACGCAUUCUUCGGAUCUUUAAUCUGGAUUCCGGUUAUUGUCUUCGAUGGUUUAUCGGAUAUCGAAAAAUGUCGUGUCGGCUCAUCGCACAAUCCCAAUCGUUUUACCAAUUACAUGAUAUCGCAACUUAUUAAAUAAACUUAAGACUUUAGAUCAUAACAUGGCGACAUCAAUGGAAUACAGAUUCAAGCAUUUAGUGUUUGAUAUACACCCAAAGAACCCGCCAGAAUGGGACCGUCCUCUUUGUGUAAUUGAUCAGGGGAUCGCAUGUAAUGAUGACUACUUGUUUAAAUACAAUCGCUAUCGAAAGCAUUCUACAAAGAAUAAGUCUAAGGAACUUGCUAAUGAAACUCUAAAGAGAUAUAAUUUUAUCGCCGAUCGUUGGGAAAAAAUAAAAUGCAAGAAUUUGCCUACAUAUUUUAAGUUAACUUCAAUUUUGUUGUCUGGCAAUUUAAUUAUUAUUCAUGGUGGAAAAGACUUUGAGUAUAUUAACAAAUACACUUUUCAACUUUUCAUUGGAAAUUUGGUAAAAAAAAAUCAAAACAACUGUGUAGAAUUUGAAGAGAUUUGUUCUACAGAUGGAAUACCCAUUACUGAAUAUGGUCAACCAGUUCUUAUAGACGGACAAUUUGUAUAUUCUCUCAAUGGAACAUCUGAAUAUCAAAAUGAAAUGGAUGUUUAUAGGCUUGAUUUGUGUACUAAAAAAUGGCAAUUAUUAUGUCAAGCUCGUGGUCAACACCCAAGAACUGAUGAAAGUCUUAGACGUGAAGUGGCCUAUUAUGACAAUCAUUUGUACAUGUUUGGUGGCGCUCAUGUGGUGAUUCUACUUAAGAAUAUGUUUUUAGACACAUUUGAAGAAAUUCAAGUGUUUGACAUAUCAACUAAUAAAUGGGAAUAUUUUAAAACUUUGCCUGAUCUCCAGAAUUCAUCGUCAUCUUAUCCUGCAAACCGCUGUUAUUAUGGAUGGGCACAAUGUGCAACCCAACCAGAAUAUGUAUAUAUGAGUGGUGGCUCUGAUAACGUUAACUUUUUCUCAGAUAUUUGGUGUCUGAAUCUUACUACUCUUCAGUGGUGUAAUCUUACGCCAUGUAAACUACCAAAAUCCAUGUUUCUUCAUUCAUCUACUGUUGUACCUUCCGGUCGUAUCUACUACUAUAAUGGAAUAGUUAGUACCGAAUCAGUUGAUAUACAUCAGAAAGAUGACAUACUGUGUGCAUGGGUUAGAAUCCCAAAAUUAAAGGCUAUGUGUUGGGAUGCUAUGUUAUACUAUUUCAAAAAUCAAAUGUUAAAAUCAUCUCUAGAAGACUUACAGAAUUUGGGGUUACCAUUGGAGUAUUAUGAAAGCAUAAUUAAAGCCAAAACUUUAGUAUAAAUAUAAUGAAUAUUUUAUGUAUUUUAUUCAUAUU